UAAAAUUCCCUAAUUGUGAAUAAAAGAAAAUAAGCAAUAAAGAAGACAAUGGCAAGCUUCACCUUAGUCACAUCCCUCCCAAAGUUUGGCCAUGUUGGUGCAGCAAUUGCUAGGGCUCGUGCUUGGAAUCCUAGGGUCUUUGCAGCUGCUACCCCUAGACCUAUCCAAGUACCCCCACAUCCUGAUGGUUCAGCAACCGUUGAAGGCACCAAACAAGGAGCUAGUGAAACAGUCAAUAAUAGUUUGAACGAAUCAAUACAAGACAAGGCUUAUAGCACAGCAGAACAUGUGACUAACAAGACAAAGGACGUGGCAAGUCAGGCGUCAGCGGGGGCACAAAACCUAACUGAAAAAGCAAAGCAGACGAUGCAAGGUGCAUGGGAUUCCACCAAGAGCACAGCCAACAGUGCUGCAGACACUGUGGUGGGAAAGACUAAAGAGUCAGCUGAAUAUGUCAAAGACAAUGCAGAGAAAGUGAAGAAGAACAUGAACACAAAGAACUGAUUUAAGCACCACUUCAUCAUUUUUGUCACUACAAUCAUCUUUCUUGUUUACGUACCUUUGGCCAUUGUUUUUUUCUCAGUUUUUUCUUUUUUAAUUUUCUUAAUUUCAUUUCGGUAUUCAUGGCAUCAAAUUAAAUGUGGAGAAGACAUGCCUCUUCCCAUGUGCCAUUCAUUUGAAACAAAAAAAAUCGUUUCAACUAUCAAUAAAUAGUUAACUGUUUCUUUCUA